UACAGCACAACACUAGAGAUAGUUCUAUGAAACUUGUAUAUGAAGCUCAACCUAAGCCCAAAGCAAUAGCUGCCUUUGCUGGUGAAGCCAUUGCUGAAGUGGCUUGCGGGUCAAACCACACAGUUGCAGUUGAUUCUAAUGGACAUGUUUAUACCUAGGGCUUCGGUGGGGAAGGGCCGUAUGCUCACUAUAUCAAUUACAAGCAUGCCAUUUGCUUUAUUCUUCUUAAUAAUAGCAACGAGAGCAAUGUAAUAUGGAGUAUAAAUAACUUCAAGUGCUCAUUUGCUGCUGAGUUGGCAGGCUUGGCCAUAGAGAGCAGAAGGAUGAGUGGGCCCUGCGACGUGUUGAUGGAUUUAGCAUACAAAAUGUCCUGCCCCCUGAUUCUGUGAACUCAUCUUGCACUGCUGGGGUAGGCCAGCUAUGCAUGUGGGGAAAAAUAAAGAGCACUGGGGAUGAUUGGAUGUAUCAUAAACUUCUGAUGGAUUUAAGGUUCCUUCACACUUGCUUUAAUUUGCUUAUUCAUCCUUGCUGCAUAAUGAUGGAUCAACAGCCUUUUGAUGUGGUCCCAAAUUAUAAAUUUAUAAUUUAAUUCUUGUGAUGCACUGACAUGGGCUUCUCUUGAAAUUCUCUACGAUGAUAAUUUGGUAAUACUACUAAGAUUAGUGGUUUUUAGUUUUCAUUUCGUAUAAAUAGGAUGAGUAGCAUUUGACUUUGCUUGAAAUGGCUCUUAACAAAUGAAUGAGUGAACACUUCCGUAUUGACAUUUUACAGCUUAUUAGUCUUCAAUUGCAAUCUCUAUUCAUGGCAUAGUUGCUCAGGUUGAUAGGCCGAACAAUGAAUACCCACAUCAUUUCACAGACUUUUAGAUGUCGGCCUUUGCAAAUAGCAAAGAAGGGCUAAGGGUCAUAAAUAUCACAUAUUGAGGAUACUUUCAGAAUGAGUUAGACCCAAUAUAAUAGACGCUGUCAUUUUUUACAGCACAACACUAGAGAUAGUUCUAUGAAACUUGUAUAUGAAGCUCAACCUAAGCCCAAAGCAAUAGCUGCCUUUGCUGGUGAAGCCAUUGCUGAAGUGGCUUGCGAGUCAAACCACACAGAUCAUCCUUCAACAUCAAUGGUGCGUGCACGAGGUCGCACACGUGGGCAACCUAUGGGUGGCGAACCCCCCCGACGAGAACAGCGCCUUGACGACGUGGAGGUGAUAACAAAUCUACAGCGGCAGAACGAGGUUAUGCAGCAGCAAAUCGCGGAACUCACACAGCGCCUGGCGGUGCGAGAUAUGGACGAUCAUGAGGAGUCAGAUCAGGGCUCCCGAUCAUCGUUCGAGAACCGGUAUCAUCGCGAACCUCGCGGUCGUGAUUUUCGCGUCCGUGACGACUAUCGCGGAGGGCUAGGGUUUAAGGUGGAAAUCCCUAGUUUUUCAAGAACCACUGCAGCAGAACAGGAAGCCGGUGACCAACAACCGUCCGGCUCGACCCAAGAGCCUCGACCGACCACACAGGGCGCCCAGGGGAUGCAGGGAGCUUCUAGUAGUACGAUUAAGUGCUAUCGUUGUGGUGAACCUGGACAUAGGGCAAAUGAAUGCAAGAAACCCGCUUUACAUAGGAGUAAGAGCCUGUUCGUGGAGGAGAACAUCGUUGUUGACGAUGAUGAAGUUGAAGAGUUUGGAGAUCCAGUCUAUGAUGAUUAUUUAGAAGAUGAUGUUCUUUACGGGGAUGGUCGAGAGAAUUUGGUUGUGCGCAAGAGUCUUCUGGCCCCAAAGGAUGAUUCUAAAGACGACUGGUUGAGGACAAACAUCUUCCACACAACCUGCACCAUUGAAGGAAAAGUAAAAGAUGCACCAGAAAAACUGAACCGAGCCCUAGCCUACUAUGAGGGUGUUUGGCAGUGCGCUGCUUUUAAUAGUUUAGCUUCUGCUUUUAGUGGAAGUGAUUUUACUCUGUUUGGCAUGUCAGCUUCUGCUUUUCACUACCAUUAUUUUGUACAUGGAACACCGUUUCAGAGAAGCAGGGGUGAGUUGAAGAGGUAUUUGAUACGACACCAGUGGACUACGAGCUGGAGGAAGAACGGGAAGCCGAUGGUCAGGAAGUGGAGGAGCAAGAAGUCGAGCAAGGACAGGAAGCCAGCGUUCGGGGAGUUCGUCGAGUUCGGAAGGCGCCGUCUUCCUAUCCUGAUACUUCAUCGUAUCAGCGUGCUCUUGUUGCAGCGGGAUAUCGAGUUCCGUUUUGCCCGACUUGACACGGCCCUGACUGCCAUCCAAACAAACCUGGCCGCCCUCCAAGUUGGGGGAGGAGGACGCCUAGGGCAUCAGGAACCGGGCAGAAACGGCGGGGGUGCUACACCAAAGCCAAAGUUAGAGCCGCCGAAGAGUGACGAGGCUGAACCCCUACGGUGGUUGUAUCAGGUGAAGGAGUAUUUUUCUUACUACGAAACCCCUCCCGAAGAACGGUUGCGUUGUGUCACCAUGAUGCUGGAGGGUCAAGCAGCCGAUUGGUUUCGUUGGAGAAGGAACAACGGAUUGAUCGACGGCUGGGAUGACUUCGUAGAAAAAUUCAAGCAACGCUUCGAUCCGUUGCACUACGUGGACUAUUUGGGGCAUAUAGCGAGGUCUCAUGUUCCUCCCGGAUUCCGAUUCCAUCCAACGGAGGAAGAGCUCCUGCAGUAUUACUUGAGGAAGAAGGUGACGUCCCAGAAGAUUGACCUCGACGUCAUUCCCGACGUGGAACUCAACAAGCUUGAACCAUGGGAUAUUCAAGAGAAGUGCAGAAUAGGAUCGGGGCCGCAAACCGAUUGGUACUUUUUCAGUCACAAGGACAAGAAGUACCCGACGGGAAGUCGGACGAACCGAGCAACGGUGGCGGGAUUUUGGAAGGCGACGGGGCGGGAUAAGCGUGUGGCAUUCCAAUUUCGCCUCACCAUUGCUCAUGCUCUAAGAGAAGCUUCGGUCCCGCGGGCAGCAGCUCUGACCUGUGACUGUGAAGCAGUCCUCUGUGCCUGCAAUUCUGUAAAGGCGAACAAUGAAGUGCUGAGAUGCUCGAACCCUUUAACCAAGGGUUCGGCCGCUAUGCAAGAGGAUUCUUCUCCUUCUUCGCGUGAUCCUUCCCCGUGGGUCGUUCCAGUUCCUGGUGACGGCUCAAGUUUGGCAGGAGAAUUGAGUGGUACACAAGAAGAGUGUUGGGUAGUGUGCCGAGUUUUCAAGAAGAAGAGCUAUCACAAGGCUCUUGAUCGUGUCCCUCAUAAUAGUGGUGAUCUUGCCCAAAGCCAUCUUGGAAACGACGGCGUUCUCGAUCAAAUUCUCACGUACAUGGGAAGGGUCUCUUCUAAACAACAGAUAUAUAACGGAUCGAAUAAUAGUAAAAAAAUUGACACUACUGACAGUGUUGUGCAAUUCAUGCACCUUCCAGGACUCGAAACCGAACCGGACAUGGAUACCACCACUUCCAAUAAACAUCUCCACCAUCAUCAUCUUCCCAGCACCAAUAACUCAACAUUCUACAACCAAGCAUUUGAAGAAGACAUUUUCAGCCAGACCAAACCAGUUGGCGGUGGUGUGAAAACUGCAGUGGGUUCGACCAAUUGGGUUACAAUGGACCGCCUGGUUGCUUCUCAGCUCAACGGCCAAGAUGACAACCUAUAUUUUCCCAUUGUGGAUCAUUCUACGCGCAAUGAUCAUUGCCAUGUUUCUGAUCAUCCCAACAGCAAUGAGGUUGAGUUCUGGAGCUACCCGAGCUCGUAUGGGUCACCGUCUGAUCCUCUAUCCCACUUGUCUGUAUAGUGCCUGCCUGCCUGUGUGCUCGCGCCGCAUCCUACAACAAACUAAGACUGUACUCCAUUUACUUAUCCUGGUGUUACCAUCGAUCGAACACAACAUCAUAAUUAAAACGUAUGUAUAGCUUUCUUUGUCAAACCUAUAUGAUUGUGAGUGUCAUAUGAAGAAUACAAAUCAUACAUCAACCAGUUCACAAAUAAAUUCAUCUAUAGGUAGGGUCUCAAUGAAUUAUGUAUCUUUGU